AAAUCUGGCCACAAGUUUCAAAACUUUGAAAGAGGGCAGACAGACAGAGACGGCGAGUGGGGCGGCCCAUGUGACGGAGGGGAACCAAGCUUUGGACAAACCGCCGCACCACACACUCCCAACACCAACUGUUGUCUUUUGAGAGAGAGAAAAAGAGUGAAGAAAAGAAAGAGGCAGAGUCAUUGUGGACCAUUUACAGGGGGAAUAUCCUGCACCACAACUUGUAUGUUUUCUCUUUCUUUCUCGUCUUCCAGCUCCUCUCAGAUCUCGAUGCUUUGCUUUGGGAUUUGUGCUCCAAAUCCAUCAAAAUCCUCUCUUGAUCUUUCUCUUUGUCAACCGAAACAUUUUGAGCUGCAAAUUUUUUCCAGAACUUUGCAACCCAACAAACUGAGACAGACGCUUUGCAGGAUUUAGCUUGGACUGAAAAGUUGAAUCCAAGCCCGGUUCUGGAAUGAAUUUAACCGAUCCCAGCUUGUCGAGGGAGACUCUUCUGCAUGCCAGCCGGAUGUCUCUCGGGGGCCCCUGGGCGUCCGGGACCCCGAGCCCUGCAUCUGAUUCUGAAAUAGGUUUUGAGCAGAACCUCUCCGGAGACUGCGGUUCUCCCGAUGGCCUUGGAACCGGGAAGAUGAGGAGAACCGAAGCGAGGAUUUCUCUGACGCCCAGUUCAGGGGGACAGAGUCCGGAGCUGACCCAGGCAGGAAGUGUGUCUGCAGGCACGGCCGAUGGGAAGGCUGUGGGGGGUGAGCAGAGGAUCCGCAGGCCCAUGAACGCCUUCAUGGUCUGGGCCAAAGACGAGAGGAAGCGACUGGCCGUGCAGAACCCGGACCUGCACAACGCUGUGCUCAGCAAGAUGCUCGGUCAGUCGUGGAAGGCGCUGAGUGCUACAGACAAGCGGCCAUUUGUGGAGGAAGCGGAACGUCUCCGUGUCCAGCACCUCCAGGAUCACCCAAACUACAAAUACAGGCCCCGUCGCAAAAAGACCACCAAAAAACUCAAGCGGGUUGAACCGGGGCUUCUGCUUCACAGUUUAGCCCAUGGCGGGGCACCAGGCCUUGGAUUAGGCCCUGGUAUCAGCCCCUUGGGUGCAGAAAGUGUCUCUGGAGGUUCUGCUUAUGGUAAUAUAGGCGCCCACCCUUCACAUCACCAUCACUCCCACCAUCUUCUGCACUCUCUCGGGCACUUCAGGGACCUCCAGGCCCCAGGACACCUAGAGCUGGAGAGCUAUGGCCUGCCCACUCCGGAGAUGUCCCCUCUGGAUGUUCUGGAAGAUGGAGCUGGGGAAUCUGUGUUUUUUCCCCAACAUAUGCAAGAAGAGGCAGGUUUGGGAGCUUGGAGUGGCUACCACCACCACCUUCACCAUCCUAACCAGCAUUACAGCCAUAAUUACAACAACCACAGUCACCACAGCUCUAUCAAUGGUGCGGCAACACACGGUUCAGGAAUGAGUGUUGGUGCCAGUUUAAGCAACUGUUUGAACUCCAACAUGAGUCCAGGUAGAAGUCCCAGAGUUGAUACUAGAACGAGUUCUGUCGAGUCAAAUAUGACGUCGAGCAUGAGCGCUAGGGUAAAUCCCAGCUCUCACCACAUUGCCUUGCGGAGUCCUGUAAAGUGCCCACCACCUCUGUCCAACUGCCCCUCCCCCGUGUCUUACCCCCAGCCCUCCAUCAGCCUCCCUGAGCCAAUAAAAUCCCACCAAACGCCACAUCAAUCCACUGCUCCUGUCGGCUACUUCAGCCAAACGUAUGGGAACAGCGCUCCCAAUGCGGCGUAUUACAUGCCCCCUCAGCUGGGGCAGCUUUCACCUCCUCCUGAAACUUCUCCUUCUUCCUGUUCAUCCUCCUCCAUCCCCGCAUCCACCUUCCCCACUUCGUUGCACUUAGACCCUUCAAAUUCAGAGUCCUCCUGCAAUUUGGUUUCUUCUUCUGCUGAGUUCUGGUCCGAGGUGGACAGGCAGGAGUUUGACCAGUAUGUAAAUGUUGGAAGGAAUCGAGAGGAGGUCUACGGACGGGGUGGGGGCUGCGGUGGUGGGUCCAAAGUCUUGAGUGGGCGCAGUAGCAGUUGUGUAGGUAGUAGCAUGAAUAGCAGUAUGAUGAACAGGGAUGUCAGUAGCAUUUUGAGUGGUGCUGGUGGCUGUGAUGAAGGGAGCAGCCCUCUUAUAUCUGCUCUUUCUGAUGCCAGCAGUGCUGUCUACUACAGUGCCUGUAUCACUGGAUAAAUACUUCAUGAUCUCAUCUCUCCAUGUGUACCUCCUUGCAUACUGCACAAUUUGGUUGGAGGAAGUAUAUUGGGAACAUUAGUUUUGGCUCAUAUUCUUAGCCAUUGUCAUGCCUAGCUUGUCUCUCACAGACUCCAACUCUUAAUUUAAAAGCUUUUCUUCAUUCUAAAAAAGAAAGAUGUUAAUGCUAAAAAUGAAGUGUUUUUUGAUCAUACCAACUUUUACUGGAGCCAGAGCAGGAGAGAGACAACAAAUAUUUUUUUUAAAUGUGCAAACUGGAAAAAUAAACACUUAACUGGCAAAGAAAACUCUUUUGUCGAAUUAGAAAAAAAGCUAAAUGCUUUGUUUGGAUUGAUUUAUGCAUCCCUGAACAUGAUCUUGAAUAGUGUCUGGCUAAGCAGCAUUCCUUGAUAGCGACAGACUAGUGUGGCUAGUUUAGCCUGUGUGAACUUGCUACCAUGGAUAAUUAGAUAAUUAUGCAUGGGUUACUAGUUGAUGGGAACUUUUAGCCGGACUGUUCUAGCAAGAGGUUUUGGCUUCUGCAAAAUUAGCUACUGUCAGUCACUCUGCUAGCAUAGCAAUUGAGAAAAGAACUCACCAUUUCUGUUGCAUCACUCCCAGCUUGAUGCUCUUUAGCAAGAUAGUGUGUGUUAAUCCAGAUGAAUACUGUUGAGGUUGUAAUAUUUUGAGUUUUCUCUGGAAAAGAAAGAAAUAGGCCUAAGUAUGCCAGGCAGAAACACAGAAGGCACCUUGGAAUAGCAUUGUGUGGUUUCACUAACUCAUCAAUGCAAGGGUGCUUGAAGUGUGUUAGCAUGUGUAAUGCUUAAGCCCUGGAGUCUUUAUCAAUAGCUGGAAACAUCUAGGACCUGGAAGCUGUUCUGGUGGCUACAUAGUCGGACAGAUUCAGGGAUGUAGGAUACAUUAACAAGUUAAAUUGCCUACCUGCUUCUGCCUUUUCCACGGGUUUGGUUUCUCCGCACUCCAACCCUUUCUAGUGACAGACCGUACAUUCUAUAGGAAGAUUACACAAUCAAAAUUAUUUUUUUAAUUGCACUGUGUGUACUCUGGUCAACAGAAAAAUCCACGACUAUGACAAAUCUGAAGACCAUCUCGUAUCAUUUUUAAUCUCAGGACCAGACAAAUAUUCAUCUCAACUGAACUUUAUGCAUUUAAUUUAAUUCAUUCUGUCCAUCACACGGGAACAUGAAGAGCGAGUGGACAGAGAGUGAAAGACUGCAUAGGAGAGACUUGGUCCAGCCUCCACAUGAACAUCUCAGCAGUGCUGUCGGGAAAGCCUUGGCCACGGCCCCGAGCAGACCACUGAUGUCUCCCACAAACUGUAAGGAUGUUUUACAAGCCGGGCUGGGAUUCUUUUUCUGACCGUGAUACAUGCCGUUCCCUCUCUGUCUCCGUCCAUGACAGGGCCUCAUGUCAAACUCCCUGCCAAGAUAUGCAAGUUUGAAGUUGCUGUGCUUCCUGGCAAACACGGAUAUCUUGAUGAAUCAAAGAUCAUUCUUUUUGACCAGUAAGCCUCUCUGGUAUAACAAGCAUAUCACUUGUUUAAACAAAAUGUCUUUUUUUUAAAGUUAAAAAGUGUAAUUUAGUUCUACAAAGAACAGACGUUUGGGUUCUGCAAAUAAAAAGCAAUUGGAACAAGUCCAAAGCUUCACUUUAUACUUCAAAAAUCAUCCUCAUGUCUAUAAGUCAUAUGCAUAUUUGCAAAGCAAUGUAGAUAUUGGUUAACCAUUUGGUUACAAUUACAAAAUGUUCCUUUCUUAAUUUCAUUAAAACAUUUAAGGAUAAUUGUUCAUGUGGUAAGUCGUAUUAUAUAUAUAUAUAUAUAUAUAUAUAUAUAUAUAUAUAUAUAUAUAUUCUAAGCCUCUUGGCAGCAUGUGAAGGAGAAAUUGAGACUAUGAAAGGUUCUCUUUGCACUGGGUUUAAUGUCUUAGCUGUAUAGAAGGAACACUACUUAUUAAAAGCCAAACACUUUAAAUGUUGUACAGAAAGGACUGUGUUUUUUAUGUUUCUUUUAUUAAAGGAAUAGUUUGACAUUUUAGGAAAUUUGUUUACUUUCUUGCUGAGAGUUAGAUGAGAAGAUGAAAACUAUUUGCAUGUUAAAUACAGAACAGCUGGCCUUUUUUUCUUCAAAAUGUAAAAAGACCUCAACUACCUACAAACUAACACGUUGCAUCUUCUUGUUUAAAGUGUUCCCAGAGAAUCAUUUUUUCUUAUGGACCAGAUCAAUUAAAGGGGUUAAUUAUGGACCAAUCCAGACUAGCUUUAUUACCCUGUGUGUUUGUGCUAAACUAGGCUUAUCACUUAUAUAUUAAUAUGCUUAUCCCACAUACAUGGCAAUGCCAAGGGCAUCACACUCUCAGCAUGAAGAAGCGUGUUUCCCCAAAAUGUUAAACUGCUCCUUUAAAGAUGAUUGCCAUAAUAAAGCAUUGGAGCAGCGUGAUUCCAAUGUUCUUUUUUUAUUAUUCAUCCAAAAUGUAUGUGUAUUGUGUGUGUAAACUUGCCUUCAAUUGGAAAUCUAUAAGUGGGUCUUUAACUUACCAAUGACACCAAACACCAGAAAUGUUAUUUAUGACUGGAAAUGAAAAUGACAAAUGUAUUUGUGCAGAGAAAAUCAAAAGUCCACAGUUGUAGCCACCAUAGAGGUCUCUCUGUAUGUAAAGGAUAUAUCCUGUAAUGUUUAUGAAUACAGUGGGAACAAAAAACAGAAGGCUCUCUUCAAGGAUUUAUCCUGCAUCUGUUCUGCAUUAGUCCUACAGACAAUCCUUUUUUGAAACAGUAGAAGAAAAUUGUGUAUCUUGUACAGUGAAACCAGCCAUAUUUACCACACCGUUACUUGUGGCCACCACUGGUUGAAAACAGAGCAACAGUAGAUUUUUCCAAACAUUUCCUCUAGCGGAUGGAGUUCAAGCAAAGUAUUAAAGAAAUACUUCUACAUCUGCAUUAGACAUUCUCCUCUGUUGUCACCAACCAGCCUUGUUUCCAUUCUGAUUUACUGUGACACACAAAGAACAUCAGAGGGACUGACUGGGAUUUCUUUUUUUUUGAGUCGUGCAAUAACUCUGGGGCUUUUGGUAAUAAUUAUCUGGAGAAAAAAAAAUGAAACACCCAAGGUUUUGGGAUUAAAACAAAGGACAUUUUCUCAGCAGUCACAUAACAACAAAUUAGAAGCAGGAUUUUCCCAGAAGUCUAGUUGUCAUGCUUCUAAAUCUGUCUGACAGGGAUCAUUUUUACAUUUUCUGUAGAGAAUAAUUCUGUUUGUGUUCAUAUUGGAGAAAUGUGGGUUGGCUGUAAAUGGAAAAUGGAUGGAAAAUAAUGUGAUGAAAUAAACUCCUCUAAGGUUUCA